AUGUAUGUGAAAUGCUUUGAUACAGUAAUGUUUUACUAUGUGAUUUUAGUGAUUUUAGUGAAUGUCACUUUUUGUCAUUUUCAAAUUUCCUGCCGUUCCGUCCACCGUACGUCCCGAUGCUCGCAGGGGACGGAACCCAGAUGACAGAUGCCGGCAUCCGCAGAUGCUGGGAACACUGCAGGACGGACAUCGCGGGAGCGUAGGACAAGGUAAGAGAAGAACAGAUCCCGGAGCAGCGCCGCAUGGUAUUCCCGAGUGUAGCUCGGGGUUACCACUUUUGCUACACUCAGGAAUACCGCCAGGGAGGCUA